UUGGCUUCGUUUGGGAAAAGCUCUGGGAAAGUUGCAGUCCCUAAAAAAUAAUACGGAGAAGAGAAAACUUAUGCUGUUGCGAGUGAUCUGGACUGGAUUUGGCACUGUAAACGGAAAUUUACCUUACUAUUUUAUUUACUUUUCCUCAGAUGUCCAGAGAGAUGGUUAUUAAGUGUUGAAAGAUCUCAUCAGAGCUGGUGUCUGCAUGUAAGCAUGGACCUGGAAGAUUUCCCUCCUCCACCUCCUGACAUGUUGGAUGAUGGAGGUGAGAAAUUUGAGUUUGACGACAGUGGUGAUGAAGCCCCAGAGGCGGAUCGGCUGCCUCCCAACCCUGAGGGAAUGUCCAUGCCUCCACCCUCCUCAUCGGCAGACCGGGACGCACGCGUGAAUGUGACAAGCCCAAACCCGGAAAGCUUACUCACCAUAGAGGCUAAUCUGCCCCCUCCACCUUACGAAUGCCUUAAUAAUAAUACCUCUUCGGCUCAUGCAGCAUUCCCGCAGGGAGAUCUACCACCUCCUCCAUCAGAGCUGUGUUAUAGUACAGCCGAAGGGCUGCAUAGUGACCCCCCUCCACCACCACUAGAGGACGCUACAGGAGCUGCUGUUUACAGUGACCUGGAGGGUGACAGAGGUGCCAGUGUGGCUUCCACCAAAUCCAAAGUCAGUCCCUACUCUGUGAUCGAUAUCGCCCCUAUCCAACAGCAGCUGCUGUCGGAGCAGAAUACCCCUCCCUCCUCUCCCCCAGCUACUGAUAAUGAAAGGGACAUUCAGGAUGUUCCCGGUAGCCCCGGGUUGGCAUCUGGGUAUUCUGUGCCAGUGCCCUGCGGUUAUGCAACGCCCUCAAAUGUGCCGAUCAUCACACCAACCUACACCACCCCAGUCAUCAUCCGACACUUCUCUAUGGAUGAAGAUGUGACUGUCGGUGUAACAGGACAAACUCCAGUGGACAGUGUUUUUAGUGAAGAGUGUCCAGUCAUCAAGGAGGAAGAUGCUCUUACUAAAUGGGUGUCAGAUCCAGCAAACACAGCCUGGAUGGAAAGCCCAGAUGAAGUGAUUUAUGAUGAUGUACCAAGAGAAAACUCUGGAUCCACCACAGACCCAGAUGAGAUGAUCUAUGAUGAUGUGGAUUUCGGGGAGGAGGGUGGCAGCAGCUCACCAGACAACGGCUGGAGUUCCAGUGAGUUUGAGAGUUAUGAGGAAGCAAGUGACACAGAGAACGGACACGGAGAAAACGGCCUGCCUGAUGCAUUUGUUAGGGGUCGCACGCCCAGCAAGAAAACACAUCUCUCUGACGAUCUGGUGCGUUUGAAAGAUCAUUAUGAGAAAAAGAUGCGAGAUCUCAUGGCAAACACAGUGGGGACGGUAGAGCUGCAACAGCUCAAACACAAACACGAGCUGAAGAUGCAGAGGCUUGUAAAAGCAGCCAAAGAUGGAACUAAAGACGGUCUACAGAAAACCAAAGCCGCAGUGAGAAAGGGCCGAUCUUUCAUCCGCACCAGAUCUCUCUGUCAGGAGAAGAAACCCAGCUGCUUUGAUGAAGAUUCAGAUCUUUUCAUUGAGGUGGAGUGUUUUAAUGUGGACCCAGUUUUGGGGCCCGCACCCGAUGGACUCUCUCAGCACCAGGUAAUGAGGAGAUGCAUUCUGGAGAUGAUUCUAGAGAGUGAGAAGAACUACCUUGAAGCUCUUAAGAGGAUUUUAGAGCAAUAUGAAAAGCCACUCUCCGAGAUCGAGCCACGGUUAGUGAGCGACCGUAAGCGUAAGGUGAUGUUUUAUCGGAUACGUGAGAUCCUGCAGUGCCAUGCCCUGUUCCAGAUGGCGCUGGCGAGCCGCGUGUCUGACUGGGACGAGUUGGAGAUGAUCGGAGAUGUUUUUGUAGCAUCGUUUUCUAAGUCCAUGGUGUUGGACGCAUACAGUGAAUAUGUGAAUAACUUCAGUUUGGCGAUGGGAGUGGUGCGGAAGGCGUGUGCUGCCAAGCCCUGUUUCCUCGACUUCCUCAAGCAACGUCAGGAGACCAGUAAAGACCGACUUACGCUUUACGGGCUGAUGAUGAAACCUAUUCAAAGAUUUCCUCAGUUCAUAUUGCUGCUGCAGGACAUGUUAAAAAACACACCAGUGGGACAUUCCGACCGCCUUCCGCUUCAAAUGGCCCUCACUGAACUGGAAACGCUUGCUGAAAAACUAAACGAGAGGAAGAGAGAAGCUGACCAGCGCUGUGAGAUCAGACACAUUGCUAAGGCUGUAAAUGAGCAUUACCUUAACAAGUUGCUGAGCAGUGGUAGCCGAUAUCUGAUUCGUUCUGAUGACAUGGUGGAAACUGUUUAUAAUGAUCGCGGGGAGAUCAUUAAGACUAAAGAACGGCGAGUCUUUCUUCUGAAUGACGUGCUCAUGUGUGCCACCCCCAACCAGCGCUCUUCACAGGAUGGUGUGAAUGUAGGAGCCGCAAGUGAAGGUCUUCCCACAGGACAGAGGUUUCUGCUCAAGUGGAGUGUGCCGUUGAGUUUCGUAGAAGUUGUGGAGUUCGGCUCCAGCGAGGAGAUGGGUGACACUGGGCGAUUUCCACCCUCACACUCGGGGGAAAAAGUCGUCAUCAAUGCGAAACCUAAUAAGUUAUAUAUGGGUCCAGGACAGUUGUACCAGGACCUGCAGAACCUCAUCCAUGACCUGGGUUUGGUGAACCAAAUAUCUACCAUGAUCAGCAGCCUGAAAGGCAAUUAUCAGAAUGUUAAUGGUGCAGUAGCUCAGGAUUGGGUUUCAGGCCUUCAGCGCCUAAUUUUAAAGAAAGAGGAGGAGAUUCGGGCCGCUGACAGAUGUAGGAUACAGCUGCAGUUACCGGGGAAACAAGACAAGUAUGGUAGACCCACGUUCUUCACCGCGGUUUUCAACACUUUCAGUCCAUCCAUCAAGCAAGCAUGGAUCAGUAAUCUGCAGAUGGCCAAACUGGCUCUCCAGGAAGACAAUAUUCAGGGCUGGUUUUGUGCUGAAGAUGAUGGUAAUCAGAUGAGGAAGCAAAACCAUCCUCUCUUGCUUAAGCAGAUGGCUGUGGUCAUGUCCAAACUACAGGAGUUCAAGGUGGAAUGUGCAGUUCACAACCCUGAGCCACAUGUGAAUAAUGACAGCACUGCAGAUCUGCCUGUUAUGGGUCACGGCUGUGUUUGGGUGGCCAGCUGCACCAAUCACAUGGGCCAGGUGUCUAUUGUGGCAUUGCAGAACUCGAAUCCCAAAGUGACGGAGUGCUUUAACGUCGAGUCACGUAUACUUUGCAUGACAUACGUGCCUCUGGACAACAGAGAGGGAAACUCUGAAGAUCGGAAAACCAAUGACAUGCCGACUGUGUGUUUGGGAAUGGAGGAAGGCAGUAUAUCUGUAUAUAAGAGCAGCCAGCGCUCGAAGAAGGUCCGUCUGCAGCAUUUCUUCUCCCCGGAUAAGUCUAGCGUCACGUGUCUGGUAUACAGGAGCGGCCGUUUGUACGCAGGACUGGUCAGCGGUUCCCUGGUUGUCUACUCGAGGGCUGAUGACGGCUCCUGGAUCGAGGCAGGGUCCCGUGUACUGAAGCUCGGGGUGUUGCCGGUGAAAGCCCUGCUGGUGGUGGGUGAGCACGUUUGGGCUUCAUCAGGAGGGCAAAUCUUCAUCAUCAGCACACAGACACACACUGUUGAGCGUCAGUUCGAGGCCCAUCAGGAAGAGGGAAUGAUCGUGUCCCACAUGGUAGUAGCUGGUGUAGGGAUCUGGAUAUCUUUCAGCACAGGCUCCACCCUACGACUCUUCCAUACGGAGACUCUCGACCACCUGCAAGACAUCAACAUCGCCACAGCAGUCAACAACAUACUGCCAGGACAGCAGAGAGUUUUGGUGAGCAGUCUGUUAGUGUCUCAUGGUCUGCUGUUGGUGGGAACCAAUCUCGGGGUCACAGUGGCCCUGUCUGUGCCCAGACUCCAGGGCAUCCCAAAGGUCACAGGUCGAGGCAUGGUCUCUUUUCAUGCUCACCAUGGCCCAGUCAAGUUCCUCACCAUGGCAACAGCAGUAUGUAAUGUCUCCCGGGCAACCAUGGCGACUCUUACAUCCAGCACACCCAGCGAGUGCCAACCUGGGCCCCAAGAGGUGGAAGGAACCCAAGCCGAAGAGAACGACACACGGCUGGGGAAUAGCAGCGAGAGCUCUCUCCCCAAUGCACCCGUCCUCCAGGAUUCCUUGUCCUCCUCGUGUGGGUCUCUGGCUUUGUCCCAAUGCUCUUUAGAGCACGGGCCAGAGGACGGAGCGAUAUACGACCUGCUUAACCAACCAGCAUACUUUCAGAAAGCCAAGCAGACUCAGACAGUGAAUGUGAGCUCAUUGUUGGUGGUGUCUGGAGGGUUGGGCCAUCGAAGAAUCAACAAAAAAGCUAAACAGUCCAAACACGAGGAAAUGGUGUCUACCAUUAUGGUGUGGCAAAUACCACUGCCGAGUCUGUGAAGGAGGAAGAUGGAGGUAACCAGAGGAUGGUGAGAUGAAGGGGAUCUGCAGAUAAUAGUUUCAGUUUACUAUUAGGAUUUGGUCUGUAGUUUUUUUUUCUCUUCAUCUAAUGAUGCUCUUGAUGUUUUGUCUUUCUUCCAGGGCAUUGCAUGUCAAAGAAAGAUAGCAGUUCUUGAUCGUUGAUCUUGCUUUGGCUCAUGGUGUGACAAAGGGAAAAUGGUUUAUGAAUGAAGGGGAAAAAUUUCAGAUAAACUUUUGACCACUUUCACCUCUACUAAUUUUUGAACACAACUUAGUCAUGAUCAAAAGUUGCAUUCAUGAAAAUAUGCCAGUAACACUGCAGUGUGAUGAGAUUUAGGUUUAACUGUGGUAAUGACAUUUCUAAUGCUACACAAUUUUCUCAAAAAAAAAAAAAAAAAGGAAAGACAGCAGACGACUUCAGUCCGGAUCUGCACCAGAGCUGCUGACUUUGGCACGGAUCCGGUGCUGAUCCGGCCCAAAGCCGUCUGCUGUCUGCCCUUCUUUAACAGUAUAUUUCAUUUGUCACACUUUAAAUAUGUUUGCUUCGGCUCAAUUUUGUCUUUCAUUGUUUUUUGAUAAAAACAUUUUUUAAAGGUCAUCUCAAAAAGCUUGCUUCAUCAAAUAACGGUGCUUGUCAGGAGGUCAUCUGAGGUUCUAGACUUGUAUGUGUAACUGCACAUCGGCCUCUGUGAUCAUCUACAACCUGUGACUAAAGGACUUGUAUUGGAUUCUCUGGCGGGCCAGAGGUUCAUUUGGGUCUAAAGUGAUGUUAGUGGCCACUGAUGACAUUCAUCCAUGCUUCUAAUUUAAAUUUUUGCUUGUCAAUAUUUAAAUUGUUGGAAAAAGCUUUAUAUUGACACAUUGUGAUAUGUAUUACUGGUUUGUAUAUUAACAAAUAUACAGUAAACAAUUGUUUUAACAAACAUUUUGUAUAUCUGUGCAAGUUUAAUAGAUAGUUUGUUUUGUUUUUAUGUUUUUACCCAACACAAAAAUGAGUUGAGAUCACUUGGUUGUUAUUAAUAUUAUUAUUAUUCUUUUUUGUUUUGGUGGAAUGAUCUGAGAAGAAAGCCGAUUAAAAGGACAAAUAUAGAGGUUGAAAGGCUUUAGACAAAAUGCACUUUACCAGCAGCAACACUGAUUUUAAAGCUUAAGGAAAAUUGCAUGGACAUGGAUGGAUGCAGAGAAGAUGAUAAAAAACAAAACUUGGAAAAAUAUGUAUUAAAAAUGAAAAGAAUAUAUGUUGCUUUCCUGCAAGGUCCAGUGUUUCAAAGUGUUUUCCAAAUAUUCCUCUUGCAAGGUAUCUGGCUAAAAAGGGAAAUUAAAAAUAUAAUAUUUAUACCUUUCA